AUGUCAUCUACUCGUAAUAGGUCUAAGAAAAGUCAAAAAGAAUCAACUCCCACUCCAUCUGCCAGAUCUAUGGCAUCCAUAUUUCGUGGUGACAAUGAAGAAGAAAUAAUUGAAAAAAUUAAACAAAUUGAAAAACCGUCAACUCCAGAAGAACAACCGGUUAAGCAAGCUAUCAAUGGUGAUGAUUCUGAUGAUAUUGCCAAUUCUCCAUUCCCAUUCAAUUAUAUUUAUCAAGCCCAAGACUUCUUGAAUGAUAAUUUGAAUUUUUUAAAAGCAGUUCAAAUCUUUGUUGUUGGAUUUUUCAUUCAAUUACUUUAUCUUCAAAGAGAUAAAUUUAUAAAAUUAGAUAAGAAUUAUUUAUCGGUUGGAUUCAAUUGGAUUGGUUUAUCAGUUGCUUUGAUUCUUAGUCAUAUUAGAGCUAAAGGAGAACUUCAAUUACCUGAUUUUAAUCAUGUUUAUAGUAUUUUAUUACCAUUAUUAUUAAACAUUUUACAUUAUAGUCCUGAUUGGUUUAUGAUUAAUAUUUCCCUUAAUUAUUUUAUUAUUGAUAGAUUAAAUCCUUUAUUUAAUUUGGUUUCUGGUGUUAUGUUUUAUGAAAUGUAUAAUGAUCCAACAAGGAAAUUUACUACCAUGCAAUUUGGUCAAGUUGCAGUCUUACACUUUUUCUUAAGUACAAUUUUAAAUUAUAUUAAUGAUGGUUGUAUUGAAGAAGAAGAAAUGCCUACUAUUAAACAAGAUGAAUUGGUUACAGAUCUGGAUUAUAAUAAAUCAUUGAAGAAAUCAGAAAUUCAAUUAAUUUGUCUUUUACUUACAAAUUUAUUAUUUAAUCAAGAAUUAAUGGACGAUAUUUUACCUUUAGCUAUUUUCCAAAAAUUAUAUAUAAGUUUCAUGGCACCUGCCUUUGUAUUAUAUCCUAUUUAUACUUAUAUUCCAGGAUUAAUCAAUUUGGCAUUAUUUGGAGGGAUGUUUUAUGGAUUAACCGUUUAUCAAUUAAAUACUACCCUUGAAGAAAAUGCGGUUACUUGGUUAUAUGAAUAUAUUAUGAAUGAUCCUCAAAAACUCCAAUUGGUACAAAUCUGGGCCAUCGUUUCAGGAAUCACAAUCCCUACAGUAUUCUACUUUGCUGAUAAAAUGUCUUUGAAUAUUCGUAGAAAAGUUUGGCAUUUAUUCAUAAUUGUUAUGUUAACAUAUACUCCAAUUAUUCUUUUUGAAGAAAUCGAAUUCACAAUGAUUACAUUACUUGGAACAUUAAUUGUUUUCCUCAUUAUUGAAUUACUUAGAUUUACUCAAAUGACAUUUAUUGGGAAAUAUUUAUUUAAUAAACUUUUGAAAUUCCAAGAUUUUAAAGAUUUGAAAGGACCAUUAAACGUAUCAUAUAUUUAUUUACUUGCUGGAGUCACCUUCCCAAUAGUUUAUGAUUAUAUGUUACAUCAUGAACAGGUCAGUAUAGUCAGAUAUAUGGGAAUCAUAUCUCUUGGAGUUGGAGAUACUUGUGCAUCUAUCAUUGGUAGAAAAUGGGGUACAUUCAAAUGGAAAGGUUCAGAUACUUCAUUACAAGGUUCUGCAGCAUUUGUUGUAUCAACCUUAAUUGCAAUCUAUGUUGUUGAUUAUGUGUUUACUGGAAGAGAAGAAUACAUUCCAAUUCAAAAUUGGGAAAAUGUUCUUGUUUCAGUAUUAACUAAUGGUAUAUUAGAAGGAGUUGCAAGUAUCAAUGAUAACUUGUUGAUUCCAAUUCUUUUACCUGCUAGUUUUGGAAUCUUGAACCAAUGUUAUCCAUAA